AUGCCGCUGAGGCGCGGGUGGGCCUUCGCGCUCAUGGCGGCGUUGAUGCUGAGCCAUGCUCCUCCUCUGUGUAUCUCCUCAUCGAACAUGAUCAAGUCAGAUGGAUCCAUCACCUCCAGCCUUCCUUACCUAGAGGAGCUCGAGGCCCUGAUCCAAACGAGAAAGACAAUCAACGUUUCCAUCACUCCUCUAUUGUUAGUUAUCAAGGCCAGCGAAAUCUGCUCGCCUAUGGUGGGGCAAUUCGUCGUGAAGAACUUAGCGGAAUCCGGAUCCAUCGUCAUCGAAUCUUGCAAGAGCGAUAGAAAUCAGUUCCGACCGUCCAAGUUCCCGAAGAAGACUCUUCAACCUGGCGAGAGUCUUACAAUCUCAGUCACGUUCUUGGCGCAUCAGGUGGGCUCCGUAAUCGGGACCCUGACAAUCCAGACGUCCAAGGGGAAACUUACGCUAGAGGUUACGGGCCAUGCAUGGUACAGCACGUUCUCCAUGGAGCCUCGGGUUGGGAUCAAAGUGAGGGUGGGAGAGAACUACAAGACUUCAUUCGAAAUCCGCAACCCGUUUGAACAUCCCCUUCGAGUCCAUGAGAUAUACACGAACGAGGGGUUCCUUCAUCUGAUGUUGCCAAAGAAGUGUAGUUCCACUUCCAAGGAUAAUGAGUCUCUUUGGGAGAUUCGACCCAUGUCAAAGAAGAAAGUGAUUAAUCUCAUAUUCGACAGCACUUCCGUCGGCACCCACGUCGGAAUGGUUCAUAUGAGGACAUCAGCUGGGAAUUUCAUAGUUCCUGUGGAGAUCCACGUCGUGCCGUUGUCAUUAGCCGUCUGGCCUGAGAUGCUUGACUUUGGGAUAUUGACGUCUCCGACAUCAACAAAAAUUUUAGACAUCAUGUUUUUGCAAGGAUACUUCAACCUAGUCUCCCUAAUCGACGCCCGCCCGCAGCAGAGCGAGCCUUCGCUCAAGAUUGUAAUCAAGAAGCAUAGUCUAGCGGGGCUAAAGACCAACGCAGAAUACCUGCUUGCGCAGGUCACAUUUUCUGGGAAGACAGAAGGGGACUUUCAGGGGAAGAUCAUUCUGGAAGCUAAUAAGACAGAUUCAACCUUGUAUGUGAUGCAGGAUUUACAGUACCCGCUGGUUCACCAUCUCACCCUUACGAACAUGUUCAAAGUCCCGAUUUACAUUAUCUCUGUUCUCAUCCGUGGAAGUUUCUUGGAGUGUGACUUCCAUGGAGGAGAAACUCUCCUAAAGCCGAAACAAUCGAGCUCAACCAUCCGUAUCAGCCUGACGAACACUUCAGAUCCUUUCAUCGGGGAACUUGUCGUAUUCACCAGCCUCAUGACCUUCCGGAUACCCUUGCCAGUAUACCAUGGGAAGCUAGAUUUGAGCGAAUCUGACCGCAACGAUGGUUUUGGAGUCAUUGCGAUCAACCAGACCUCGCGCAAGGUGAUCAAGAUUUACAAUCGGAACCCUGCCCCGAUCACGGUCUUAGAAGUUCAAGUCGAUCAGCACCCUUCCUACGAGCUCUCUAUCGAGACUUCGGAUUACAUCGAAUCCCCAACUUGUCUCUACUUUGCAAACAUGUCAGAGUACGGCAAGAAGGGUUCAAAAUCUAACAACGGGAACUUGAUGUUUUCUGUUGAAAGAGCUGAUUACAUUCAAAUCCACGUCUCAGUCUACUCGAAGGCAGUGGAAUCCGUCCACGGCUCGCUCAUCUUGCGGACCAAGUACGAAGUGCUGAACAUCUCCCUAGAUUACAGGAGUAUAGAGGGGAACAUCUACAUCUACCCGAACCCCCUGUACUUCGAGACUUGCUCGUCCAGCCAGAUCAGAACGCAGACUUUGGUUGCUGUCAACACCUUUCCCUCAACUGUCAGAAUUCUCUCAGCCGAGGCGUCGGACCCAAGGCUGGAGCUGACGGUGAGGGAGUCGAACCUGGAGCCUUCAUUACCCAUGAUCUCCGGCUUCGUCAUCCUGGAUGUUGACAACUCGCUGUGGGGGGACACUUACUUGAUGUGGGCCAACCGGAAGAUUCUGUUUGCUAGCCGAGGAUCCUUUGUUGACGACAUCGACAUCGCAGAGCACAACUGGAUGCAUGAAAGGUGGGAUGAAGUGGUGAAGACGAGUGGGACAGAGUUGAAAAUGCACAUCACUUUCAACUUCAACGUGAGCAUGAAGGUCAAGAUUCCUGUCAUUGGCAGCAUCUCGCUCCCAGACUUCUUGGAUCGAAACAUCUUCUUCGGGACAGUUUACGUGGGGAGUUGGUCUACUGUGAAUCAUUCGCUGGAAAACCCUUCCUCUCUCACGACGUUCUUCAAGGUUGUGCUCCCUAACGCGAGCAUUGAGCCUACUGCCCAGGGGUUUGACAUCUGCCAAACUGAACGGGCCUGCUUCAUGGAAUCUGACUUCCUCAUUCCUGCAACUUUCAUGUCGGGCAUCGUGAUCGGCCGACGGUCUGGUGUCAACAUCACCAACAUGAUCUUUGCACCGAAGAGAGCAGGGAAGUUCAAAUCAAAGUUGUACCUCAGAAACAACCUCACCGCCCUCGUGGAGUUCACUCUGUAUGGAGUCGCAGAAGAGCCAUCCCUGGUAGUCACUGGCGAAGGCUCCAAGGCGUGUACGUUGUCUCGCAACGUACCAGCAUCGAAUUGCCGCUUCCACCUGCCUUGUCAUGACAACCAGACGUCAGGCACGACGGAGUCCGACGGAACCUCCUCGUUCUUGCGGACCUUCAAGAUCUCGAACCCUUCGAGGCUUCCGAUAGUGAUCUCGAGUGUAUCCUUCGACGGUGUCACUUGCAGCAGCCGAGGCCUGUCGUUGCAAGACUGUCAAGGUUCCAAGGAGGUCAAUCAAACUCACCCGCUCGACAUGCGGAUCAAGGGCAAGCUUUCCUACUGCGAGCAGCCAGUCCUCCACACCCUCGUCAUCCACACCCACGUCGGAAAGUUCCAGUUUGAGCUGCUCAACAGGGAGCAUGCAACAGACUUGGUGAUGGAGGAUGCUCUGAAGUACCUGACGAGCUCUCCUGCUCAUUACUCUCACUGCCUCAUCGCCGGAGUUUCCAUGUCCAUCCUGAUCCUGGCCUUCACCUUCCAGGUCAAGCACAAGUCAAGGCUAAGAGGCAACCCGAACCUCCGGCAGAUCAAGGUCCCCAGCAUCCCCGCAGACAGCAGGAGCUACUUCUACGAGACUGAGCUCCACAUCAAGUUCCUCCAGAACAGGAAGAGGUCGGUCGAGAGCCCGGAGGUGACGAUCAAAGCGGAGGAGGAGAAGCUUCCUGUGCCUGUUGGGAAGAUGGUGGGCAAGGGCAAGGCUGCCAAGUCAGGAGGCCCUGCAGGAGAAGGAGUGUACAUAAACGGGACGCCGAAAGGGAAGCUGGAGGAGGAGGAGAAGGGGCCACUCAGUGCGAAGUCCAUGGAUGAGGACAGGGGGCAAGAGCAAGCAGAUCGUUUGGGGCCACAACAGGCUGAAGGCAGGCGCGAGAAGACGGAGGAGGGAGAGGGAGAGGGUCUUCAGCGGGGGGAGCAGGAGGAGAUUAAGGUACCAGGGAAGGAGGAGGAGUUGGCUGUACCUUCCGAAGGCUACCAGAUCUUCAUCCCGAAGGCGGUGGGGCUGAUACCCGGGGCCUUCGGGAGCCUGGAGGAGGGGAAGGAGAAGACAGAGAGCUUCGGGGUGUUGGCGCCGCAGGAGCCGCUAGGGGGCAAUGGGAGGGAGAUGCUCAACCCUGACUUUCCGCUAGACGAGCUGCAGCAGGAGAUGUUCGCCUCGCAAGACUUCGAGGAUGGGGACAUGGGACCGCAGGGUGUCAUGUGGGAGCCCAUGGCUCCACCCACUACCUCCCUACUCCCCGACGCGAAUGCUUCGUAA